UCCAGGUUUGAAGUUGGAAGUCAAAGUCGACUCCACGACCCUGGUCCGCUUGGUAGUAGUAGCAGCAGCAGCGUAUGUAGUGGCAUAUCAAAGUCCCCCAAUCCAAUGCAAUUUGUCUCUCUAUGCCUUUACUCUUCCAAAUUCCGAUCACCAUGACCGCCUUCUUGCUCCUGCUCCUGCUCCUGCUCCUGCUGCAGACGACGAUCGCGCAGGAGGACGACGUCCGAUGCCUGCGCGGCGUCAAGGCCGCCCUGGACGCCGGCAACUCCUCCCUCCAGUGGAAUUUCUCCAACACCACCGUGGGCUUCGUCUGCAGCUUCGUCGGCGUCUCCUGCUGGAACCCGCAGGAGAAUCGCGUCCUAGGGUUCAAUCUAAGGGGUGUGUCCCUCGCCGGCUCCAUCCCCUCCGACAUCCGAUUCUGCGCCUCGGCCAACACUCUCGAUCUCUCAUCCAACGCCCUAUCCGGCCCCAUCCCCUCCCAGAUCUGCUCCUGGCUUCCCUACCUCGUCUCCCUCGACCUCUCCGACAACCAGUUCAACGGCACCAUCCCGCCGGAGCUCUCCGAUUGCCGGUUCCUCAACAUACUCAUCCUUGCUGGCAACCAGCUCCAGGGCGGGAUCCCUCCGGCCCUCGCCGAGCUUUCCCGACUCAACCAGCUCGACCUCUCCAGGAACCGCCUCUCCGGUCCGAUCCUUCCUUCACUUGGCCAGAAGUUUGAUUCCUCCUCUUUCGAGGACAACGACGGCCUCUGCGGCCGCCCUGUUUCCUCCAGAUGCGGCCGAUCGCUCUCGACGACCAGAAUCAUUAUAAUCGUAGCCGCCGGUGUGUUUGGCGCCGCCGCCUCGCUUGUCCUAGCUUAUCUGAUCUGGCGGUGCUGGACGCCGACUCUAAAACGAGCGGCUCCUAGGGAUGGGGAGGAGGGCAGUAGGUGGUGGGCAGAGCGACUUCGGGCGCAGCAGCACCGGCUCACGCCCGUAUCCCUGUUCCAGAAGCCCAUCAAGAAGGUCAGGCUAGCCGACCUGAUGGCGGCCACGGCGGAUUUCCACCGCAGCAACAUCAUCGUCGCCGGGAGCUCGCGGGCUGGGACCGCUUACAAGGCCCUUCUCCGGGACGGCUCCGCGCUCACCGUGAAGCGGCUCCAUUCCUGCACGGUGCCGGAGAAGCAGUUCCACGCGGAGAUGGAGCCCCUCGGGCAGCUCCGCCACCCCAACCUGGUGCCCCUCCUCGGCUUCUGCCUCGUCGAGGACGAAAGGCUUCUCAUUUACAAGUACAUGCCGAACGGUUCUCUCGCUUCGGCCCUCCAGUCGCCGGACGUCGCGCUUGACUGGCCGGCACGGGUCAGGAUAGCAGUUGGCGCUGCUCGUGGCCUAGCCUGGCUCCACCAUGGAUUCCAAAUCCCUUUCCUACUCCAAAAUUUGAGCUCGAAGAGCAUCCUCCUCGACGAUGACUACGAGGCAAGAAUCACGGACUUCGGCAUUGCGAGGUUGGUAAGGACGUCGACCUCCGACAGCAUGCACACGAGCCAGUUCUUGAACGGGGAAUUUGGGGAGUUUGGGUACACUGCGCCGGAGUACUCCACCAAUCCGGAUCCCACUCCUAAGUGCGAUGUGUAUGCAUUUGGAGUUGUUCUGUUGGAGCUUGUCUCCGGUAAGGCAGCCACUGAGCUUGACUUAGACGGGGAAGAGUUCAAGGGGACUUUAGUGGAUUGGGUGAACAUGCUUUCAGCAAAUGGCAAGGACAAUGAGGCAAUUGAUCGAUCCCUUCUCGGUAAGGGCAAGGAUGAUGAGAUGAUGCAAGUCUUGAAGAUUGCCUCUGCUUGUGUGGUUGCUCAACCUAAGGAGAGACCUUCUAUGUACAAGGUUUCCGAAAAUUUGAAGUUGUUGGGAGAGUCCUAUGAUUGCUCGGAGCAGUUUGAUGAAUUCCCUCUUGUGUAUGGAAAGGAUGAAUCGGACUUGCUGUAAUUGGCAUGCUAUGGGAAGCUUCAUCUGUAAAAAUGUAUACAUAUCGAAAAUACUUCAGAUCCGAAGCAGAUUUCACCAACUGUUCAAGCGAUGGACGAGAAAUCUCUGUGAGCGCCAUCUGAUUCUCAGACUCAAUGGCUGCACUUUCGUAGACAAGGUCAUGAACAAUAGAAUUGCACAGAAGUAUAGCGUCGGUGGCUUCUUCUGAAGUAAAGUUUCUUGGAGCUUCAGUUGUCUUGCUUAGUUCUGCCAGGAGAAAGGAGACAGGAAUUCUCUUUGAUUAGUUGCCCUACUUAAGGAUUUUGCUGAUUCAUUUCGACAAAUUACCUGCUGCUGUUUCUGACUUAGUAGCGCAAACAUGGCCAUUUUGAUCUGACACAUCUUUUUCAAAGCACGAUUUCUCAGUAGCACUCAUCAGAUUGGCAUCUCCACAAGCUUUCUCAUGCUUUGAGGUGUCUACUAAUGUUUCUUGCGCACCUUCCUCCUGUCCAGAGUUGACAAGGCCACCGAAAUUUUGUUCUGAUGCACCUUUUGCUGGAAACGGCUCCUCCUCUAUCACACUAAUCAAGUCGAAGCUGCAUAGAUGUGAAUUCGUGCACCCGACACACACAAUAUCAUUCCUCUUCUCUUUCGCCUUAGUGUUACCACUGCUUAACCGCCGAGAUGGUUCUCUUCUUGCAUCUCUAGGAGAUGUAGCCACGGUGCCUCUAGUUUGGGUCUUUCCAUUCUGCAACAAUAGCACUUAAAAAGUAUGCAAUCCUGAAAGCAGAUUACCAAAGUCAGAAUGAUACCGUAGAUGGCCGCGGAGUUGUAGUUGUUUGAGUUCUUGCUUUGUUUGGAGGAUUAUCCACCGGUUUAAGCUCUCGAUUGAUACCAUUCAGGGGAGAUCCUGGAGGAGUUACAAGCCUGCUCCCAUCACACCAAUUGGUUAAGCCUUGUCCUCAGUUUCAUUUCGCUGUUGAGACACAGAGAACUCACCAAUUGUACUCAUUCUUGCCACCAUCUGAAGCUUUUGGUGAAUCUCUUCUCUCGCUUUGACGAGCAGAAAAGUAUGUGAUUUCUGCUGAUGAUUCUAAAGUCAGAAACAGCGAACAAUUGUGAUCUUCUUUAAGCAUGGAAUAAAAUGAGACAGAAGGACGGAAUGAGAUCUAAGAAUUUUUGCCUGAUUCAUGUUUCUUCAUCUCGGUGAACAGAAAGAGAUCGUCAACAUCCUCAUUGUUUUCCGACUCGAGCAUCAGUCUGCUCUCCGAGCUACGGCUGCUUCUGCGGGAGUUCCUCUUGCAAAGCUCAGUGGUGCGGCGGCUCCUCGAUGGGGGUGGCAUCUGUUCAGGAGCUUUGUGGCAAUGGAAUUUUCAGGAGUUGGAGUGAUGCCAUUGUUGAGCUCUAAAAUAGCUGAACAGACAAGAAAACAUGGCCGAGUUUGGCGGUUAAUAACUGUCAUUUCACAAUCUUUUACCAUAUCGGUGGACAGAAUACCAAAUUGGAAACGGGUGGAGGGUCAAAUUCGAGCUCAGCAUUUAUUCCUAAUUGGCUCAUAAUUAAUGAUAAUUAUGAUCAAUACUGGGACUGGGAUCAGGGUCAGAUGGAAGGUCAUGUCCAAAUAAUAUGGAUGUCGAUACGACGGACUCAAUUUUCCAACAAUUGGUUAUGUAUAGUUUGCGAAUAUAUCGAAAAAACACAUCGGUUGGUGAAAAAUGCCAAUUUGGAUCGGAUGCAAUGUCACGUUUGAGCUUGAAAUGUUCGACACCGACCCGGUUUGAAUUUUUGUGGUUUCUGCAUCACUCUAGAAUUUAUGUUAACUUCUUUCCUCCCUCUGUUUGAUCGUUGUAAAAUAAUGGACGAACGGAUUUAAAAAUUCGUUUGCUCGCGGUCUCAAGAUCGCUCA